UGCAGCGAAGAGCAACUCUCCGAAGAGUUGAAAACCAAGCGGAUUUGCCGGUUCUGCUUGAGCCAGGAGGAACCGCUGAGCGACAUCUUCGCUAGCAUUACUCCGACCGGGGCCGGCGGUAGCAAAACAGCCAAAACUACGACGCCCCUGACGCUGCAGAUAAUGGCCUGUGUUUCGAUUGAGGUGUAUAAAGAUGAUGGCAUGCCAAGCACCAUUUGCGAUAACUGUCGCCAUUUGAUGGAUCAUUCCUAUCGGUUCAAACAGAUUUGCAAAAAGGCGGAUACCCUCCUGAAGUCAUAUCCAAUUACGGGGGUAUGGCCGGAAAAGCUCCAUGUUCCUGUUAAUCUUUUCAAGACCCUUUCGGUGGAAGCCGCACCUAAGCCAUCAAUUCGGUACCUUCCAGUUCAGGAAAAGUCCCCUUCAACUUCAAAUGCCACUAAAAUAGGUCGCGUUGUUACCAAAUCAGCAGUCGAACAUCACGCAGCGCCUUCUACAGCGAGUGCCUCCUCUGUGGAACAAUACAUAGUCACUGGCACCCCUAAUGAGACACGCCUGCAAAUCGGACAGGUGGAGGAGGACGUUAAACCAAAAAUCGUUAAGUUGAGCAUCGAAGAUUUGCGGAACAUUAAACAAGGAAAAUCGAUAAGCAAAGCAAAUCUCUUACAGAAAACGUCACCAGCAUCUAAGCGUAGUGAAACUAAUUCCACAAAAGCUUCAGCCACCGGAAAAUCGUUACCGGAGAAGAGAUCUCCUGUGAAAAUCAUAAACGGCAGUCUGGGGAGUGCGAGUAAAGCUCCGGUAAUUUUGAACAGCAUGAAACCACCCAACAAAACGGAAGAGCACAUUGUCCAAACCAGUGAUGGGACGCUGGAGAUUGUGUGCAUUGAAUCUCCCCAGGAACCGGCGCCGGAACCGGUUAACCCGAUGAAAACGGCUCCCCCGGUCGAAACCCACGUUUAUCCCUGCACCGAAUGUGAGCGGACAUUCCCGUUGCGUCAGCUGUUGGAAAUUCAUCAGCAAAAUCACAACCGAGAACGGAACUACCCGUGUGAGAUGUGCGACAGGCGCUUUUUCAGCAAAUACGAUUUGUCCAAACAUAAUCUUACGCACACCGGCGAGCGACCGUUUGUUUGCAUAAUCUGUAAGGCGGCUUUCUCCCGAUCCACACUUCUAACUCGCCAUCAGAAGAUACACAAAGAUCAGCCAAAGUUCCUGUGCAUGUACUGCGAACGGACGUUCCUAUCCAACGAAGAGUUGCAGAAACACAUGGAGUUUCACAAGAAGAAACGACCCUUCCAGUGUCAGAAAUGCCCUAAGACCUUUGCCUACAAGCAGGGUCUGGAACGGCACGAGGUUACCCACGAGACGAAUCUUCCCUUCCCUUGCGAGCACUGCGAUUUGAGUUUUGCUUCGGCUAGCAAACUGGCGCGGCAUCUGACGGCUCACGCUGGAGCUCGACCCUAUCCGUGUCGAAUGUGUUUAAGGUCCUUCAUGCUGAGCCAUCAUCUGACGAGACACGUCCGCUCGCAUCAGGGCGGCAAAGGUGCAUACAAGUGUAACGAAUGUGCCGCUAUGUUUGACAACCAGGACGAUUUGAUUUACCAUUCGGCUGAGCAUGCAACUCAAAGUUUAACAUGCCCGUUGUGUCGGGAGCGCUUUGAAACCCUGGAACAAGUUACGGAACACAUCAAGGAGCACUCGGAGGGAAUUCAGUUCGCAUGCGAUUAUUGUGAUUUGUUGUUCACGACGGAGCAAAAGCUGGAUGAUCACUGCCAGCAGGAACAUUUGGCCGUUCUGGCCAUGGAGCGCACGGAAAUGAUUCAGAAUACUACGGAUGAGUCGGACAGUGCGCAACAAUUCGUAAUCGAAGAGAUUUCCAUCGAGAAGGAUGGAAGCCAAACGAUAACAACCUUUGUGGACGGAAAGGAGAAGGAGAAGAAAUUUAUCCAGAAAGAUCAAGUGUUCAAGAGUGAAAUUGUGCUGCCGGAUAUCCCAGUGCGAACGGAGGAGGAAUAUAACGAAGAAGCUUGUGAAGGCGAAGAGUAUUACGACGAAGAAGAAUUGGACGACGAGAUGGAGAGAGCAUCAAAUGACAUAACGAUAAAAGACGAAAAACUUGAACCAGUUAGUAAACCACCAGAAAAGCAAGUGACAAAAUCUUCACCGGUUGAUAACAAGAAAUCAACACUGCAAAAACUGCAACCGAUCCUGAAAUCGGUAACGCCUCUAGUGACUGCUACUGCACCGAAAACUGUUGGAGAAGUUCUGAAAAAUCUUCCCAAAGGAAUGGUUGUCAAGCGACCAAUUGUGCCACCUACAGCCACAGCUACUACAAAUGAAAAGAAAGCUGAUCCUACUCCGGCAGUGGAAACUUCACCAUCUCCAUCAACACCCAAACCAGCUAUGGUACAAAAGAAAUUGCUUCCUUACAUGAAUGCAAAGCAACCUCCACAGACUCCUCUGGCUAAGAGUACCCCCAUAAAACCCAUCGAGACCACGAAAGCCACUACCAGAAGUAGUAGCAAGCGGCCAGCAGAAGACACGAAGUCACCGUCUCCGGUUAAAAAAGUAGCUGUGGAAGCUACCAGUACCAAAACUUCACCCUCCACGACAGUGCCAACGCCGAAACCGGUGUUGAAACCAGUGCCCAAGCCGGGCUCUUCCAUGAAGAAGAGCAAAACAUUCGAAAUGAAGAUCGGCGACAAAAUGGUCAAAGUUCAGAAAGUGGUGAUGACCAAAGCCGAAGUUGCUGCUAUGGCACGCGAUGGUAAAAUCGAGAUGCAGGGCGACACCAUGAUACUGAAACAAGGUAAGGCUAAGAAGUAGAGAUUAAGCGAAAAAGUUCGUACUGUAAGGUUCAAUGUUUGUGGGAACUACGCCUCCAAAUAAUAAAGUUUUCUGAUGAAA